CCGAGGGUUUGGUCUACUUCGCAUUAAAAACCCUGCCUCAAACCCCCGAGUAGGAGGCAGAGCGCGCGCGGCCGUGACGCACUUCUCCGGCUCGCGGCGCCCGCGGGGGAGGUGCGCCCCAGGUGAGGGGCCCCCAGGCCGGGUUGCCGGGGCGACGCUUCCGCACGCGCGGAGGGGGCGGCGAGCCCAGGGCGCGCGCAGCCCGGAGGAGCAGGGGAGUUGUGAGUAGGGCGGCUAGACCUGCCCGGCGCCGCCACUCCGCGGUCGGGAGCGCGCUCACUGCCGCGCCUCCUCUCCGCUCUUCCUCGGCUCUCGUCGGCGGCGGCGACGCGGCGUAGUAGACGUUGGGGCUGCGGGAAGGCGACGAGCACCGGGUCGGGAUGAACAGCGGCGGCGGUUUCACCUUGGGCCUGGGCUUCGGCCUGACCAACACGGCUGUGAUUCAGGUGACUAACCUGUCGUCGGCGGUGACCAGCGAGCAGAUGCGGACCUUGUUCACUUUCCUGGGAGAAAUCGAAGAGCUGCGGCUUUACCCCCCGGACAACGCACCUCUUGCUUUUUCCUCCAAAGUAUGUUAUGUUAAGUUUCGUGACCCAUCGAGUGUUGGUGUGGCCCAGCAUCUAACUAACACGGUUUUUAUUGACAGAGCUCUGAUAGUUGUACCCUGUGCAGAAGGUAAAAUUCCAGAAGAAUCCAAAGCCCUUUCUUUACUGGCUCCUGCUCCAACUAUGACGAGUCUGAUGCCUGGUGCAGGGUUGCUUCCUAUACCAACUCCAAAUCCCUUGACUACACUUAGUGUCUCACUUAGCAGCUUGGGAGCUAUACCGGCAGCAGCACUAGACCCUAACCUUGCAACACUUGGAGAGAUACCACAGCCACCACUUAUGGGAAAUGUGGAUCCUUCCAAAAUUGAUGAAAUUAGGAGGACUGUCUAUGUUGGAAACUUGAAUUCCCAGACUACCACAGCUGAUCAGCUACUUGAAUUUUUUAAACAAGUUGGAGAAGUGAAAUUUGUUCGUAUGGCAGGUGAUGAGACUCAGCCAACUCGAUUUGCUUUUGUGGAAUUUGCAGAUCAGAACUCUGUACCACGAGCUCUUGCUUUUAAUGGAGUAAUGUUUGGAGACAGGCCACUGAAAAUAAAUCAUUCCAACAAUGCAAUAGUAAAGCCCCCUGAGAUGACUCCUCAGGCUGCUGCUAAGGAACUAGAAGAAGUUAUGAAGAGAGUACGAGAAGCCCAGUCAUUUAUCUCAGCGGCUAUUGAACCAGAGUCUGGAAAGAGCAAUGAAAGAAAAGGCGGCAGAUCUCGUUCCCAUACUCGUUCAAAAUCCAGGUCUAGCUCAAAAUCACAUUCUAGAAGGAAAAGAUCACCAUCAAAACACAGGAGCAGAUCCCAUAACAGGUCACGUUCGAGACAGAAAGACAGGCGUAGAUCUAAGAGCCCCUACAAAAAACGUUCUAAGUCUAAGGAGAGACGGAAGUCAAGGACUCGUUCACGUUCACGGGACAAGAAAAAAGAAAAAGAAAAUCGAGAAAAGAUCAAGGAAAAAGAAAGACUGAGAGAAAAAGAAAGGGAUAGGGACAGAGAAAGAGAAAAGGAACGAAGUAAAAAUAAAGAAAGAGAUCGAGAAAAGGACAAAGAGAGAGAUCGGGAAAAAGAUCAAGAAAAAGAGCAGGAAAAGGAGCGAGACAAAGAAAAGGAGCAGGACAGAGAUAGAGAACGAGAAAAGGACAGAGCCAGAGAGAUAGAUGAGAAAAGAAAGAAGGAUAAGAAAUCCAGAACACCUCCCAGAAGUUACAAUGCAUCAAGAAGAUCUCGUAGUUCCAGCAGAGAAAGACGUAGGAGAAAGAGCAGAAGUCCUUCUAAAUCACCAAAAACAUCAAAAACACUAAAAAGAAAGUCUUCUCGGUCUCCAUCACCCCGGAGCAGAAAUAAGAAGGAUAAAAAGAAGGAAAAAGAAAAGGACCAAAACAUAGAAAGAAAAGACAGAGAACGUUCAACAUCUAAGAAAAAGAGCUUUAAAGACAAAGAUGUAAAAGACAAAUUGGAAAAGAACACAAGUACACUGAAGGAGAAAGAACACACUAAGGAAGUACCGGAUAUAGGGAGUGAAAAAAUAGACGAUGACAAAGAAGCUCCAAAGACUGAUGAAAACAAAGUACAGCAAAAUGGGAAUUGCCAACCAAAUGAAGAAAACCUUACUGCCAAGGCAGAAAUGGUAUAGGGCCAAUAGAUGUGUACCACUAAACUCAGUUGUAGAGUGGAAUCCAAAGCUUUUAAUUCUCUCAUUAAGAAGCCAACAGUCCAGUCGAAUAUCGAUAUGUAUGAACAGCUCUUACAGUUGUCAGAUGACUUUAUGGUCAUCUUAUUACAGAGAAAGGAAACCAAGCAUGGACAUUAUGAAAACAAGGGAUGUUACCCAAACUGACUCAUCUAAAAUCCAUGCAUUUCCAUGAUGGCUGACCUACUUUUGAAAUGAUUUGUUAAGUGUUUGCCAAGGACCAUUACAAAGAUCUGAAUCUGCAGUGCUCAGAAAAGUGGAAGAUAAUGCAUUGGAGGCUGUUCAAAUACUGCUAGUUAUUGAAUUUUGUAUUUUGCUUUUUUGUUUUAAUUUCAAUAUAUAUUGUUUGAUGAUGUGCUUGAAAAUGGUGCAAAAUAUAUAACUACACCCCUGUAAAUGAAAUAAGACAUUACUUCACGGUUUUACAGUGAUUGUGUUAAAUGCCUACUAAUAGGUUUUCAUUUGCUCACAUUUUGGGAUACCAGUUCUUUAUCUAAAAUAUUUUUUCAGAUUAAAAUUGCUUAAAUGUGUGGAUUUUUAAAAAAGUAGUUUAGUGGUGCAUGCUAACUGUUCCAUUCCAAAAAAGGAAAAGCAACCAUGUUGAAUACUAAUAUGCUUAAUUUUUUUUCCUCCCAAAGUGAGCAUAUCUUUUAACCUUUGUUAAUAUUUUGAAAUUUAUUUUUGUGUCUAGUCAGCUGCAAAUGGCAUGGGUGUUCUUAACAAAAGGAAACCUGGUUUUCAAAACAGGCUAUGGGAGCACAAGCUGAAGCUUUAGUGCCUUCUAGUGUUUUCUAGUAUUUUAUAUGUGCUAGUCAUUCUCAGUUCAUACUGAACCUAGAUAGCUAUUCCACCCACCCCCAUAGAGAAAUGUGCAAGUAGUAUGGAAGAACAGCUUCUUAGUUCACCUAAUACAAGAAAGAGUUUAGGUCUUUAAGGUUUAUAGCAUGAAGCAAAAAUACAGUUUGGGGACCAUCAGUUUUAUACUCUUGUAGCUGAAAGUGAAGCAUGUUCUUAUUUUGCCUAAAUCAAAGGAAGCCCUUUAAUUCUCUACAUUGGAUGGCCUUAAUCAUUACCUCACAAUCAUUUUCUCUAAUGCUGGUUAUGUGAUGUGCAAAAACUGUACCUGAAAGGGGUAAAGGUAUGUAUGGCUUUUUCUUUUAUUUUUUUUCCCUAAAGGGUUAAAUUUACUUGAGUUUAAAUUACAAGUCAUUAGUCAUUCUUGGGGUCAGCUUUUUGUAAGAAAGCACUUAUGUAGGAGAAUGACAUUUAUGAAGAUUUUUUCCAAAAAGCUCAACUCAUGCUUUCAGAUUUCCUUACAUCGUUGUUAGAUUUUCCCUUAAGAAGUCAUACCUUUUAAUUAGCUCUUAAUACUAAAUCAAGUAUAAUUAUUUUAAUGCAACAUAAUACAAUCAAAUUUACUCAGUUGCCUUACCUCAUGGGAAGUUACUUCUGUAAAUUUAGAAAGCUGAAUAGUGUGCUCCUUACCUGCUUUUCAUUUGAUUUUCCUUUAAUGGCUAAUACUAUUGAAAGUAAAGUUUUGUGGAGAAUGGAAAGUUGCCCAUAUUUCAAGUAACGAAUCCUGGUUUGAUUAUGAAGCUGCUUAAUCACUCUUCACAUGUUCAGAAUUAUAGUUUUUUGCCACUGUGUACAUUAAAACUUUGUAAAAUGCUUUACUAUGUAAAGUAUAGAUGGUCAUUUUUAAUGCUUCAGCCACAUUCAGUUGGCUGGUAAAACAGCUUAUUCUCAUAAAAGAGUAACUUGUGUGGAUGGAAAGACCAGAGGAUUGUGUGUUUUGCAACAACUGUCUUAUUUAUGAUAUGUAAGUAGUGUAGAGCAAACAUUGUUUGAAUCUUUGUUAUUCUUAAUAACCAUUUCACUAAUAAAACCAAGUGUUUUACAGGGAAGUUUUUGUUUAUGCAUUUCAGAAGAGCAUUUUAGUAUAAUCCUGCCCUAAUUCUACUUGGUUUAGUAGAGACCUUUCAUUUGAAAAAUGCAUGCUUAUAGACUGUCUAUAAAACAGUCGUUUAAGGCUCUGUUUUUUGGUUGAACUCUGAUCUCAAUUAAAUGAACCUUGUGUUAGUUAAAAUUAAUUUGGUUUCUGCUGCUGCUGCUGCUGGUUUUUCUUGGUAUUCACUUUUAAAAAUAAUCUUAACAAUCAAAGAUACUGAUUUUUUUUAAAUUGGAAAAUGAAUAGCAAAUGAUUUACAAACCUAAACAAAGAGCUCUAGAGAGUUAAAUUAGAUUGUAAUGUGGAAUUUUCCUAAAUGAUGUGAGAAAGUCUGAUUGACAGCAAUGGUUUCUAGAUUCAGAGAUAGUAUUAUUGUCCUAAAAAGCAUGUAUUUUCCAUUUCAGCAUUACUACUCUAUUACAUUUUAAUUUACUUUGCUUAAAGAUUUGGUUUUCCAUUUUAUCACCUCAUUCUCUUGCUUCCCAUUUGACAGGAAUAUUUUGAAUUAAGAAUUUAGAGACAACCUUUUUGAGAUUAGAUACCUCUCUAAUUUGUAGGUUUCCUUUUAACUUAAUUAAACAGACAAUUCAUUCUUUUCUGGGACCACAGUAGGUAAUACAUAUGCCUUGCAUUCUGGCAAGUCUUGUUAUUCAACAGUGUUACAUACUGAACAGAUAAGCAACAAAUUAGUCCAUCAUUAGUUUGGUUUAAUAAAUAAACUGGUUUCUUAACUUUAAAAAAAUGUGUACCUAGUUUCAACCAGUACAAUUUUUUUAUCUAAUACAAAUUAACUUCAUAGUAAAUAUUUUCUGUAUAGUUUACUUUCCCCCCCAUGUUACAGAAUUCAUUUCUUGGAGAAGCUAAAGUACUUUGCUAUUGUUGGGAAUAUUAUAGACUUGGAUUUCAACAUGUAUUUUAAAAUAACCAAUAAUCUAAGAUACUUUUUGAUAUUAAGAGAUUUUCUUCUAUGGUGCUAACCAUUUCCAGAACUAUCAGUAUCUAAUAUUUUUUUCAGACUGUUACCUAUCUUUUUAGAUUAGAAUAAACAACAGUCACUGACCCACAUCUAGGGUUUAGUCUUCAAAUGAAGGAACUUAUAAAUUGAUGAAUUAUUUCUGUGGAAAUCAAAUAGCAAGUUUUUGUUUGUUUUUUAUCCUAUUCAGGUAUUUCUGUGUAUGAAUUGAUUCUUAGCAGCUGAAUUAGUAGUAGAAACUAAGCCAUUUUAUGGUGUGCUUUUAAAAAUCAAAACCAUAAAUUUGAAUAAUUUAUCUUUCAUAAAUUAAGUACCAUUCAGUACCGUUAACUUAAGAUUCUAGUUCUGUGGGAUCUCAAGUAGGAGGAUUGAGUGUCAAAUGUUCCCUAUAUGUUUCCAUAGUUUUAUUUCAUACUGCCCUUCCAUUCAGUAGGUUCUUAUAUUCUGUUGAGCCAGCUCAAAGUGGCUUAUUUUACACCCAUCUGCUGAUAACAUUUGAAAAUUUAAAAUCAGAUUGGCUUCACACUUCAAAAAUAAUGUAAUGCUUUUGAAAGGUGCUGAAUUGACAACUCUGGAGAGAGGCACCUUCAGCAUAAAUAACUGAAAUCUAAAUAUCCCUAACAUAUUCAACAAAUGUGCCUCAACCUGCCUUAUAGGUCCUUUUCAGGGGCAGAAAUGGGCCCUCAAUCCUGGACUGCUCAGUGAGUUAUCUUUCCAAAAAAUAUUUUCAUUGGUGAAGUGCCCUUGCUCUGGAAUAAAAAUAAUUCCUAAGGCAAAAGCCGCUAAACCAGCUACACUUUUUGACCAUGUUCAGUUAGGUUGGAUUUCUUAAUUCAUAGUAAAUCUAUUCUCAUUUUACUCUUAAUUCUCUGCCCUAGAAUUUUAUUUGUUAUGAAUUUAUAGCAGUCUUAGAUGUGAUACUUUUAUGACAAAUUUUAGCUUCUGGUCUAUUCUGAUUUUUAAAUGUCGCCUUACCUUGAUAAUUUUUCGAAUUAAAAACUGCCAAAUUUUGAAUGACCUUGCAUGCAUUUCACCUCAGAGGUACUUACACUAAAAUGGAAGAACAUAUUCUUUAUUGUUUUUAGGUCCCUCCAGGCUAGCUCUAAGGCAGCUUUAAAGCAUAAACAAUUACUUCUAGCUUUGGAUGUAAAUUCAAACUCUUGGAAAUCACUUGGAGAAUCUAGAACUAAUGAAGUUGGUUUGCACCAAUUUUAGGCUGCCAGUGGAUAAUGAACUGCUAGGGAAUAAAUCAGAGAAGGAUCUGCUCAAGAAUUCCCUAAUUUUCAUAGCAGUUUAUUUUUGGUUAGAUCUUACUGUGUAGCUUAUACAGUCAAUUCAGUUGAACAGUUAAAUAAUAUCCCACAUUUUGAUCUCAUUUAGUUUUAUCAAAUAAUGCUUGUUACAUGAUUCUCUUGGUUAUAAAGCAGAGAGAUUAAAAUUUAAACAUCUAAAGAAAUGAUGUACUACAUGGGUGGUAUAUAUUUAUGGGUAGAGCCAAUAUUAAAUGGUACUAGUAAAGCUAUGUCCAAUGAUGCUGCUAUUAUGUUGCUAUAUUUUUAAUAAAAUUAAACUCUUAAAAAUCA